CACAAUGUCAUACUGUGAAAGCUGUCCAACAGUCACAGUGUAAAACACUUUUCACUUCAGGAAGACUGGAUCUGGAUGUUGUCUCCCGAGACAUGAUGACUUCAGCAUGUUAAAUUACUUUCAUUGGGAAUUUCAAGGGUUAUCGAUUCCCUGGUAGUGAUACUGAGGCGGCAGCAGCAGCAGCAGCAGCAGCAGCAGACACAACAACUACCACCAGCAAGCUGUAGUAACAGGUAUGCCAGGUUCUUUCAAUAUCAUGCAUUUCAAGGCAAAUGAACAGAAUGGAGGCAUGUGUCUUUAAAUUCUGAAGUAGGGCUUUUGAUGUUAUUAAAUUCAGCACGCUGGCAGAAAACGGAGCUAGUGAAUAAAUCCAAAAUCGGACUACUUCAAACAUGUGUGAGGAUGCUUUUCCAAAGCAGUUUCAUUCCAAGGAAAUGCACAAUGAAGUUACCACAAAAGACUGAACAACUAUAAAAUCAUUAUGGAUUGUGACCCUACUGGCUCUGGAAAGUCAACUUGCUCUUACAAAUAAAAUUACUGUGCAAAUUAGGCUGAUCAAUCCGAUUGAAACGGAGGGCUACUGUGGCUAAUGGAAAUGCUUUCAUUUUCACUGGAUGGAGACGAGCAGCUCUGAAAGUUCUCAAAUCCGUGCCUACACUGUAUCGGACAAGGUGUUCAAAAGAAGAAGACAACAUAUUUCCUAUUUAGAAUUCAAAGGAAAUCAUGACAGCAGCAGUCAACGAAAGCUUUCAAAAGCAAUACAACAUCACAUUAACAAAACAAAAGGACUGUGAAGAGAACCUCAAAUUAGCCUACUGAUGCUUACUAAUGCAGUAACAUGCAAAUCAUUUGCCUCCAUCCUGGAUAGCAAUCCUGGUUUUAUAAUUGUUUCUUUGACUCUGUUAAUGAGAAGAAACCGUGUUAAAGUAGCAGCUGGUUAUAAUUAAACUGAAUUAACAGCGCUGCUUACCUCACUGUGUUAAAAAAAAAAAAAACAGCAGUGCAAUAUAUAAUCAUUUUUAAAAGGAAACCAAAUUAUGUUUUGCAGAAGGAAAAAAGCCGGUAUUUAUAUAUAAUUCACAACGUGUGCUUUACUUAUAGUUGCUGCCUGGAAAUACAGUAUAUUUGUAAAUGUCAGAUGGCUUGGGCAUUUUAUUCCCGAUCUCCUCCUUUAUUUUCUCCUCUACCCUGCGGCCAAAACAUUGAACACUGAAGUUUGACUUGCAUAUCUUGAGGUAAACAGGACCAGAGUCUAAAUGGCCAUUCUAUGUUCAAGAGCAAAACAAAAACAGCCAAAUGACAGUCCUGCAAGGCGCACAGCACAGCUAAAAAAUCACUGAAGAGCACUGAAAAACAAAAUGGUCAGAUCUAAUGAUAUCCUGCAUCAACAACAGCAAAUCUACUUCAUCCCAUUUACAACCUCUUGAGGCUUUCAAAAAACUCUGGGGAAAAGGAUAAUGCAUUCCCCCCCAGUGCUGGAAGCCACCAUGAAGUCGGAAUACAACAUCACUGUAAGAGACGAUACAGACUCCAUCCGCAGCAACAUGAAUCAAGCCCUGCCAUACCCACUGAGCUUUCAGGUUUCACUUACUGGCUUUCUCAUGCUGGAAAUUGUUUUAGGCCUCAGCAGCAACUUGACUGUGCUCGUCCUCUACUGCAUGAAGUCCAACCUGAUUAACUCUGUCAGUAACAUUGUCACAAUGAACUUGCAUGUGCUGGAUGUCAUCAUCUGUGUGGGCUGCAUUCCCCUAACCAUUGUUGUUCUUCUGCUUUCCCAAGAAAGCAACACUGCUCUGAUCAGCUGCUUUCACGAGGCUUGUGUGUCUUUUGCUAGUGUUGCGACCGCAGUCAAUGUUCUUACCAUCACCCUGGACCGGUACGAUAUUUCGGUGAAGCCAGCAAACCGAAUUCUGACCAUGGGAAGGACAGUAAUGCUACUCACGCUAAUCUGGAUUGUGUCCUUCAUUAGUUUUCUGAUACCGUUCAUGGAGGUCAGCUUUUUUAACUUUCAACCUGAAAACCUGGGGCAAAACAAGACACUCUCCAGUACCGAUAUAAACCAAUACUACACUGAACAGGGACUGUAUUAUCACCUCCUUGCGCAGAUCCCCAUUUUCUUUUUCACUGCCAUUGUCAUGUUGAUCACUUACUACAAAAUACUGCAGGCUUUGAACAUAAGGAUUGGCACCAGGUUUUCAACGGUGCAGAAGAAAAAAGCCAGAAAGAAAAAGACAAUUUCUCUGACCACACAGCAUGAGUCCAUAGACGUGUCACAAAGCAGCACUGGACGCAAUGUCAUGUUUGGCGUACGAACUUCUGUUUCGGUUAUAAUUGCUCUCAGAAGGGCAGUGAAACGUCACAGAGAGCGUCGAGAAAGGCAAAGGAGGGUCUUCAAGAUGUCCCUCUUGAUAAUCUCCACAUUCCUUCUUUGUUGGACACCUAUUACCAUUUUAAAUUCUGUCAUUUUAUGUGUAGGCCCCAGUGACCUGUUGGUAAGGUUAAGACUUGGGUUUCUCGUCAUGGCCUAUGGGACUACCAUAUUUCACCCUUUGUUGUACGCUUUUACAAGACAGAAAUUCCAAAAGGUCCUCAAAAGCAAAAUGAAGAAGCGAGUUGUGUCCAUUGUGGAGACAGAGCCCUUGCCAAAUAAUGCAGUCAUUCACAAUUCUUGGAUUGACCCAAAACGGAACACAAAGGUGACUUUUGAAGACAAAGAGGCGAGACAGAAAUGUUUGGCAACUACUCAAGUUGGAGAAUAACUGAAACAUCAGGAAAUAAAAUAUAACAAUAAUAAAAAAUACAUAAAAAGGACUAAAUGACCCAAAGCAUCACUGUAAACGCAAUUGUAAUACAUGUACAGUCAAAGGUGGAUUAUUUAUUAUUAUUUAUUAAAGAUGUUUAAGUUAUACAAUCCUGCAGAACACAAUAUACACAUUGCAUGGCUUUUUAUAAUGUGUGGUAUCACUAUUAAGUGUGUAUAUACAUUGAAUAUAAAAUGUGUAUAAGUAUAUAAAAAGACAAAAACACUUAAUAUCUAUAAAUGUCUGGUCUUUUAUUAUAAACAGUCAAAACAUUUCAAAAUGCUCUUGCGCUACAUCAGUCCGAGUGCA